AUGUCUCCCAAUAGCGUUAUUGGCGCUGCCCUCGGCAUCUUGGCCGCGUUCCCGGCCGGCGCGUCUGCUGGCUGGCAGAACUUCCAGCCUCAGCGCCGUACAGCAUCCUCUUGUCCAGAUUACAGCAGCUAUUCGGAACAGCCUCAUGGCCCGUACUCGUCUGGUCCUCUGCAACUGCCUUACAUGAGGCCGAGCGAGGAGUGCAGGACGUUCACGAGCCCAGCUGUCGAGAAAGUCAUCAGCGACUUGAAAUCUCGGCUCAAGGAUCCGGAUCUUGCUCGACUAUUUGAAAAUACGUUUCCGUCAACGUUGGAUACUACUGUCAAGUAUUUUGACCCUACAAAGAAUUUGGCAUUCAUCAUCACUGGUUUUGCACAUCUGUAUAAGCUUCUGCCACAUGAUAAGAACCUUCAGGCUCUUGUCAAAGCAGUGAUUAACACCGAGGCGCGAUACAUUUCGCAAUAUCCAUACUGCGGCUCCUUCCAGCCACCACCAGAGAGUGGGCUUGCCCCAAGUGUGAAUGACUGGGCAACAGGCGUCAGAGUGAACCCGCCUGUGAACAACCAAACGGUAUUCGAAUGCAAGUACGAGCUUGAUUCCCUUGCUGGGUUUCUCAAAAUCACGCGUUCUUACUAUGCCAAUACAAAGGACUCAUCUUUCAUCAAUGACAAUUGGAACGCUGCGAUGAACCAGAUAGUUCGAGUCCUUUACGAACAGUCCCAGAGUAGUUGGUCGGAUGACUACCAAUGGGUCAGCUACUACAACUGGACGGGCACUGCUGGGGCACUUUCCCCAAUGGUGCCCAACAGUGGCAAUGGCGAGCCGAAGCAAGCAAACGGUUUGGUUGCUUCGAGCCACAGGCCUUCGGACGACCUCUGUGUCUUUAACUUUAUCACCUCUGACAAUGCCAUGAUGUCUGUGGAGCUCGCCAACGUUGCAGACAUGCUCACCACCAUCCGAACCCAGAAGAGCCUUGCUCAGCAACUCCGCCAAUACUCCAAUACCAUAAAGCAGGCCGUUUGGGCCCACACGCGCGCUUCUAACGGAAUCUUUGCGUAUGAAACCAACGGGCUCGGAGCGCAAUACAUCAUGGACGAUGCCAAUGUCCCGAGUCUUGUGUCGCUGCCGUAUCUGGGAUUCUUGGAGAGGGGCGAUUCUACUUACCAGAAGACUAAAGCGGCUAUGUUUUCGAGGGCAAACCCUUACUAUGCUGUAGGAAAGUCGUUCAAUGGCAUCGGAGGUCCCCACGUCAACGCCACGUAUCCCUGGCCCAUGAGUCAAAUCUCAGCCAUCUUCGGCACUGACAAUGAUAGCGAGAUCAAACAGCGUUUGGCACUCAUUUUAGAGAACACCAGUGGAUUGGGUUUGAUCCACGAGAGCGUCAAUAUCUACAACACGAGUGUGUACACGCGCCCGUGGUUCGCGUGGGCCAACAGCUAUUUUGCAGAGAUGAUUUUGGACUUGGCUGAGAGGAAGCCUAGUUUGAUCCUAAAGUCUGGGAAGCCUUACAAGAUUGGGCAGUGAUGCAAAGUGUAUGAGAGAGUGGACAGUGGCCAAAAUUCCUAUAGCAGAUACUCCUUAACUGUAUUCGAGCUAAAACUAUGUUUCACGUUCGUUUU